AUGGCAGAAUACCGUAUUUCUAUUUAUGGACGUUCCAAAUCUGAAUGGGACAAACUUGCAAAAUGGAUCAUAGAUAAUAAAAUAAUAUCACCAAAUGUACGUUGGUUAAUACAGAUACCAAGACUUUAUAGUGUCUACAAGGAAACAGGAACUGUUGAAUGUUUUGAAUACAUAUUCGAACCUUUGUACGAGGUUACCAAGGACCCUAGGUCUCAUCCCGAAUUACACGUUUUCCUUCAACGUGUGGUAGGAUUUGAUAGUGUUGAUGAUGAAUCUAAAGCUGAACGUCGUAUACACAGAAAAUAUCCAUGCCCCAAAGAAUGGAAUACUAGCCUUAAUCCACCAUAUUCGUAUUAUUUAUAUUACAUGUUUGCAAAUAUGAUCAGUUUAAAUCAAUGGAGAAAGAUCCGAGGUUUUAAUACAUUUGUCCUUCGACCUCAUGCUGGUGAAGCCGGUGAUACCGAUCAUUUAACUUCUGCUUUCCUGACAUCGCAAUCCAUAUCUCAUGGUAUCUUGUUACGCAAAGUCCCUGCAUUACAAUAUCUUUAUUAUCUUAAACAAAUUGGAAUUGCUAUGUCGCCUCUAUCAAACAACGCGUUAUUCUUGAAUUAUGAGAGAAAUCCAUUGUUGAGUUUCUUUAAAAAAGGGUUAAAUGUAAGUUUAAGUACAGAUGACCCAUUACAAUUUCAUUACACAAAGGAACCAUUGAUUGAAGAAUAUAGCGUCGCCGCUCAGAUCUGGAAGUUAUCAGCUUCCGAUAUGUGUGAACUUGCGCGCAAUUCAGUUGUGCAAAGUGGAUUCGAAAUUGCAGUCAAGAGACAUUGGUUAGGAAGUGAUUGUCACUCUGGACCAGAAGGAAAUGAUAUUAAUAAAACGAAUGUUCCUCUUAUCAGGAUGAAGUUUCGUCAUGAUACUUUAAAGGGAGAAUUUGACAUGGUUGAAAAAUAUUCAAAAAUCAAGAACCCUAUUGUAUUUCCGGGAAUUAUGAUUCAAAAUGAUGAAAAAAUUCCUAAUACAGUUACAGAUAAGAUUAUCAGUGAUAACGCACCCUCAACACCUGGGGGUAGCAAUAAAUCAAUCUUUCCAGAUAUUAAUGUUGGUAUCAUACCUGGCGUAGCAAUGUUUGCAGAAAAAGAAAAGGCCAAUAAAAAAAAUAAAACUUCGAAUAGAUAA